CCGUAGUUAUGGCUUUAUGAUUUAUUGAUAUAUUUGAUAUAUUAAUAAUUUAUAACCAGUUUCAAAAUAUACUAAAUAUAAGUAAUAAUAGUAAUAAAUAAAUAUAUAUAUAUAAGAUGAAAGAUAUUCAUGAAGAUGACGAACUGUUAACUGGAUUAAGUAAGGAAGAACUUGACGAAUUUAAUCGAGAACUUAACGAUCCUGAUAAUGAGUUGCUACCUGCUUCUCAGCGUGCUCCUGAUCAAACUUUACUAGAGCCAACUGGUGAUUUUGAUAGAGAACAUCUUUUAACUUAUCUUAAAGAAGAAGCAUUAGCAUCUGAAAAUAUUGAAGAUUUUGUUCCUUUUGAAAAAAAGACCCGUGGUAGGGUUUGGAAAGCAAAAGAAAAGAAAAAGAGCCCAAUUUUAUUACUUCCAGAUGACUUGUCUGAUGUUCUUGAUAUGGCUUCAGAGGAUGAUCUUAUUGAACUUGCUGCUGUACUUGGUAUUCAUGGGAUGUUAAACCAAAAGCAGAGCGAACAAAUGGAGGCAGAUAAAGCAUGGGAUUCAUUAAAAGGGUCUGGUUUAAAGAAAUAUAAAGGAGGAAUCACUAAAGCGACAAAAACAAAACAGUAUACAGAUAUUAAUGCUAUAAAUGAGUUGGAUUUAGACAAAGCUUUGACUCGCCUAACCAGUUUUGAUGAAACGCUAACAGAACUUAAUUUAAAUAAUCACAAAGAUAUCACUGUUGAGAAGUUAACUUUAGUAGCAGAUAAUCUGAAAGAAAACAAAUUUUUAAAAACAUUGCUUCUUGCUAAUACUCAAAUGACAGAUUCAGUUUGUAAGUUGUUUGCUGAAGCAUUAAUUGUAAAUAAAACACUUGAGAGUAUAAAUUUAGAAUCAAACUACUUGACCAGAGAUGGAGUAUCUGAACUUCUUAAGAUGCUAGAAGUAAAUAAAUCAUUAAAAGAAUUAAGACUUGAUAAUCAGUCACAAAUGAUGGGACAUCAACUAGAAACAAAAAUCUGUAAAGUAUUGGCGAAAAAUCAGACUUUAUUACGUUUUGGUUUUACAUUUCAAUCUCGUGGGCCGAGGCAUAUUGCCAACAAAUAUCUAAUGAGAAACAAUGAUGCAGAUCGAUUAGUACGUCAAAGCGAAAAGUUGGAAAAAGACUCAGAGCUUAAAAAUUGAUUUUUUGUGUGUCAGACUUCUAAUGUUAUUGUCUAAUUCACGAUAUUCUUUUAAGAAUGUUAGCAUUCAACAUAGUAUACAAACCAGAAUCUUUCAACAUCGUACGAAUGCUAAAAAAAGUUUUUUAUAAAACCUUUUCUUUAAGCUAAAAAUAUGCAAAACUUAAUUUAAUUGUUUAUUUUUAAUUUUAUUUUCUGAUUUAAACUUUGUUUCAUGUUGCCUUGUAUUGAAAGUAUUGAUAAGAGUACAUUAUUAACGAGUAAAAGUUUGUGAAAUCUCUAUUUCCUUUUAAAGGUUGUGAAAUCUCUUGAGAAACCGUAGCAAAUUAUGUUUUUAUUUAUAGAAAAUUAAUCGGUUGUCUCUAAAUCUCAUCGCCAAACUUUCAAAUUUAUUUAUCUAAAUCUUUUAAAUGUUGACCUUUUGCUGACGUGGAGUCUACUAGUGCUCAGUUUUAUUUUUGUUGGUAAUGUACACUUUGAUAAAAAUACUUCGACUUCAAUUUAUUUCGGAAAAUUUGAAUAAUUGUAAAAUAUAUUACUGAAACCUUUUUAAGUGUAAUUAGUGAUUAAUUUUUUUUUCUAAUUACUGUUUAAAUUAAAAAAAUAUAUAUUUUUAUUUAUAA